AUGGCAUUCAAAGUUGUUAUUUUGGGCGAUUCAGGGGUUGGAAAAACUAGCUUAAUCGAGAUGAGAAUGCAGAACUCAUUCGAUAGUGAAAAAAUGCCCACUAUAAAACCUGAUGUUUCCACCUGUGUUGAAAAUGUUGAUGGAAAACAAAUAGAAUUGAAUAUUUGGGAUACUGCAGGGCAAGAACAAUAUUUUUCACUUGCAACAAUGUUUGUCCGCGAUGCAAAUGUAGCUAUUUUAGUCGGGGACAUUACGAAUGAAAUUUCGAUCGAUAAUAUAGGCAAAUGGGAGCACCUUCUGAAAGAAACACAACCAAAUGCAGAAGUUAUUGUAGCUAUUAAUAAAUCAGAUUUAGCUAGAAAUAAUCAAAAAUUGGUAGGUCAAGUUAGAGAUAAACUUAUACAUAAUUAUACGGAUAUUAUGUUUGUUUCGGCAAUUACAGGCAAUAACGUUCCACAGCUAUUCAAAACAGUGGCUCAGAAAUGUCAUAAUAUUAACUUUGAAAGUGAAAAUGCUCUAAAAAUUACUCCAAAGCAGACUGAAAAAAAGGAAUGUUGCUAA